GCAUUUGUGGUUGCAUGUGAGCUCUCACUGACACAUCACUCACUGUCGGCGCUUCUACGCCGAUCGGCGAUUCGCCCGUGACACCCAUCACGUACGUACGUAGCUUCAAAUAAAACCAACCCCACGGAAAAGCCUCCCGCCGCGCAACCAAGCCCAAGAAAUGACCCUGAUCUCCUCCGCUCAUCUCCUCCUCUCUGUUCUCCUCCUCAUCGGUUCUGCAUCAAGCACCCAUGACUAUCAAGACGCAUUAUCAAAGGCAAUCUUAUUCUUUGAGGGCCAGCGCUCGGGUUUCUUGCCGCAAGACCAGAGAAUCGCUUGGCGUGCGAAUUCCGGACUCAGCGACGGUUGGAUGUACAACACUGACCUGAGUGGCGGCUACUAUGACGCCGGCGAUAACGUCAAGUUUGGCUUCCCGAUGGCCUUCACGACUACCAUGCUGGCGUGGAGCGUGAUAGAGUUCGGCGAUUCCAUGCCGCCCAACGAGCUUAGGAACGCCUUGGUGGCGAUCCGUUGGGCCACGGACUAUUUGCUCAAGACCGUUUCUCAGCCUAACCGGAUUUUUGUUCAGGUGGGGGAUCCGAACAUAGACCAUAAUUGUUGGGAAAGACCGGAAGAUAUGGAUACAGCCAGGACAGUUUAUGCUGUGGAUGCACCAAAUCCGGCUUCUGAUGUCGCCGGAGAGACGGCGGCGGCUCUGGCAGCUUCAUCAAUUGCAUUCCGGUCAUCGGACCCGGGAUACUCCGGUACUUUGUUACAAAAUGCCAUCAAUGCUUUUCAAUUCGCAGAUAAUUAUAGAGGAGCUUAUAGCGAUAAUUCAAAUAUUAAAGAUGGUGCCUGCCCAUUUUAUUGCGAUUUUGAUGGUUAUCAGGAUGAGCUGCUAUGGGGAGCAGCAUGGCUAAGCAGAGCAACUAACGAAGAUACUUACCUCAAUUACUUACAAAGCAAUGGGCGAACCCUUGGCGCCGAUGAGAACAUCAAUGAAUUUGGGUGGGACAAUAAACACGCUGGCCUUAACGUUUUAGUCUCUAAGGAAGUCCUAGAAGGAAAUAUGUACUCUCUCCAAUCGUACAAAGCAUCCGCUGAUAGCUUCAUGUGCACGCUGAUACCCGAAUCAUCGGCCUCGCACAUUGAAUACACUCCCGGUGGGCUCAUAUACAGGCCCGGAGGCAGCAACUUACAGCAUGCAACAUCAAUUGCAUUCAUUUCACUGGUCUAUGCCAACUACCUAGCUCGAACGUCUCAAGCUAUCAACUGUGGGAACAUAUAUGUAGGUCCAACCACGCUUCGCCAACAGGCUAAACGACAAGUUGAUUACAUUCUGGGUGAUAACCCUAAGGGUUUAUCAUAUAUGGUUGGGUAUAGUACUUACUAUCCGCAGCGUAUUCACCAUCGUGGCUCAUCGAUGCCGUCCAUCAAAGACUAUCCUCAAUUCAUUGGGUGCAAGGAGGGUUCUAUCUACUUCAAUUCAACAAAUCCUAACCCCAAUAUCCUCGUUGGGGCCGUGGUGGGAGGACCGGGGGAAGAUGACAUCUACGACGAUGAUCGAGUUGAUUAUAAGAGGUCUGAGCCGACGACCUACAUUAAUGCGCCAUUAGUCGGGGCACUAGCAUACCUUGUUGCUAACCCCAACCCUAGUUGACACAAAUAUAGCUCAUUUUUUGUACACAAAUUCAUGACUCAGAAAUUGAGAAUAGGGGAAAGACGCCUCUCGUCUUGAGCAAAGCAAAGAGGGAAGAGGCUUGCUUACACAGUAAUCUGCUUGAUUCUUGAGUUGUAGGAUUUUGGAGUCACAAAAGCUUGUUGUGACUUUUUCUUGAGGGAUAAUGAGUAAAAUUGAAGAUUUCGCUUCCAAUUUGUUGAAAUCAACGA